ACAGACACUGCAGCAUAUUUUCAGCUGAGAGACUCAAACACAGGCUUUGUGUUGUUUUCCUCUCUGGUUUUAAAUCUGUUAAACGCAGAGUUUAAACUAAAUUUUCUUUUUAGAAGAAGCUUCCUGCUGCUUUGUGGGACCUCCAGCUGUUGCACUCUGCAUUGACCUGACCCUGACACGUGUGACUGUGCAGUGAUUCAUUGUCUGAACUGGUUUGGCCGUUGGGUGUGAAAAUCUGCCGGAGAAGAUGUUUGCUGCUGAAGCCAAAGCAUUUGUCCAGACGCUGGGAGGAACAGACCUCAUCUCUAAUGAUAACUUAAACUGUAAAAUGGAUCUGCUGACUCUGGUCAAAGUCACUGAGGGAAUUUUUUGGCCGGUACAGAAGUACAAAGUGAUACACUAUAGCCUGCCCGAGCUCACCGAGGAAGAAAACUUCUCUCCAGAUUACACCGAGGAAGUCUUGGUAGAAGACUUUAGGAUCACUACAGAGAAGAGUGGGAGUGGAGGUAUAGGUGGAGAAUGCAGUAAUGUGGGUGAAGCUUAUAUUAAUGCCAGCACUAGUUCUGUGGAUGGACUGGUUCAGCCCGUCAGCAUGAUGACAAAGAAGGCCAAUGUUAAAACUGUGGUGAGCAGAUUCAAGGGCAGGAAAAUACACAAGGAUACCCUGAACCUGCUGGGACUGAAAGAGAAGGAUAAACUGAUGUUUGUCUCUCAAAUAGUUUACAACUCCAGUCCUGUCAAAAUUAUUAGAAAGUCUACGACUGAUGGCUCCAUUUUCACUUCUUAUGUAAAGAUGCUGAGUGUCUUUGCAAAGGGGAGCAGUAAGGCGGAGACAAGCUUCACUGUGCCAGCAAAAUCCAUCUUUGCUUAUAGCCUGGUGGAGAUAAAGAUAGAGAAUGAGAAACUGAAGAUCUCAUGUGAGCCGUGGACUCGUAGUUUACUCGAUUGGCUCCUUUGUGAUGACGUAAGCAAUCCAACUGUGAAAAAAGUAAAAGAAGAACUAGAGAUGAAGGAAGCUCUACUGCAGCCGCUGGCAGAUCUUCCUGAGUCGACCCGUUGUGAUCUGCUAAAAACACUCAGCAAGCUCGUAGAGGAUGGAGACAAUCUCUCUCUGCUGGAUAAAACACUGGAUCAUUGCAGUAAUGGAGUGUUUGAGUGUGAGUCUGAGGCUGUCUCUUCCUUCAUGGACCUUCUCAAUGUCUCAAACAUCUCCACAAGUGAGCAGAAUGCUGUUCAUAUGUUGGUCAGCGCUCUGCACACUCUGCCAGAUGAAGUGCCGCCACUUCUGACCUGCUGCAGUCCAGACACUCUGAGAGUGCUCAAUCAGCUGGUGGAUGGUCUGAAGGACGGUCGGGCCAAACUGCCAGAGUCCCUGCCCGUCCCCCUGCAGGAGGGAGGGGAGCUCCGCUGGGCGGCCGAGUUCAUCUGUUUGAACGAUCAGAAGCUGAAAGAGUUGAGUGACGGCUGGGACCGGCCCGAGCUGCCCCCAGAGGUUCUGCUGGAGGUUCUGUGCCUCGCUGUGCAGGGACUCAGCCUGAUGCAGCCCACAACAAACCCUUAAUGUCAGCUGCUGUGAUCUUUGUUAAUGUGCUUUUACAGCAGCCGAUGCUUGUGAUGGUUCAGUGUCCAGUCAGGUGAAUACAGCAUAGUUUUGAUGUCCAUGGUUGAUUCAACAAUUGGUGAACUUUAUUUCAAUGUCUCACUCUGAUUUUGUUUCUUGUAUAACUCUGUCAUCUUUCAAAGAGACAAAAAGACAAAAAUAACCAACAGAAUUCACAUUUUAUUAAAGUAACAUACUUUUAUUAAGUUAUUUACAUUAUUGUUAUAGUUUAUGUCAUGGUUCCUGUAAUUUGAUGGUUUUCUUGGAUUCUUUGUGUUUGCAGACCCCACUUUAAUCAUCUGGUCUCCAACCUCUUCGUGUUCAUUUUGAGGUUUUUUUUUUAACAAGUUCUUUAUAAAUACUUUUUAAAUUCCUGGUUAUUAAAGGUUUGAAAUUAUGUGAGGGAACAAGUGGAACAGUUUUUCUAUUAGAAUGAAAAAAGAAUGUUUAAAAACAUGAAUGAUGAUGCAUGAUUAAGGCUGGAAAUAAAGUUAAUACUUAGAGAAUAGUUGUAAUUUUGGGGGCAAGUCAGAAAAUCAUACACACUGUAUGGAACAUAUAACAAUUAGAAUGAGCUGUCUACCUAUAUCAUUUUUAGGAAAAUCUCAUCUUAAAUUCUGUAAUCCUAAAGUGUAUAUGCUAAACGCUGAUCUAAAAUGGGAUUGUGCUAAUGAGAGCUUAAUGUCAUGCUCAGAGGUAAAAACAGGGUCAACAAUGUAAAUGAUAUAAUACAGUGAUGAGGUGUUACACCCUCUGUAACCCCUACUUGCCUUGUACUGAGUCUGAGCGUCUGGGUGUUGUUGAGGCAUAAUUGCUAAUUAUCUGCACCAGAUGAGGUGUGGCGGGUGGCAUGUCUGGGGAGAGUUUGGGGGAUGUUACUUCUAGCCUUGAAAGAAGGUUGUUAUUUUUGAUUGGAUGUUAUUUGGUCAUUUAAACUAAAAACCAAGGUUUCUGCAAAGUUUGGUAUCAGUAUCCACUUCAUGUUGCAGGUUCAUGUCCAGAUCCAAUGAUGAAGUAAUAUAGUAAAUAUAUGUUUGGCUCGAUGAACAUGCACGAAACAUUUUAUCAGAAUGAUGAAUCAUUUAAUUUUUGCUGGUUUCAGCAUAAAACACAUCUGAUAAGAAGCCUCAAUAAUGUCACAUACUUAAACUUAGGUUGGGCCAGGAGUGAUUGACCUGAUGAUCUUAACGCUCAGCGAGGAGUGUACAGAUUGAGAAGAUCAGUGAGAUAACUGACUGGGUGCAAUAUUAUUCUGAAUUUUGAAAGGGAGUAGCCAAAUUUUAAACUGACCGCAAUAUUUGAUAGGUAACCAAUUUAAUCAACAAGAGCUGGAGUGAUAGAAUCAAUUUUUCCAGCUCUGGCAAGAAGGUGAGCCGCAGGAUUCUGACAGUUGUAGCCUUUGAAGAGAGACGGAUUGGAGACUACAGUAAAGAGAAUUGCAAUAGUCACACCUGGAGGUCACAAAAGCAUGGAUCAGUUUUUCAAAGUCUCCUGUAUUGUAUAUAACGCUUAGCUUUAGAAAUCUGGCAUAGUUGAAAUAAGCUAGAUUUAACUACAGAUGACACUUUUUUGGGCUUAAAGGAGCUAUCCAAAUAGAUGCCCAGGUUAUUUAUAGAAUCAGAGAGAGAGUUAACAAGGGGCCCCAAUAGGGCAACAAGCUGUUCUUGAAGAAUAUAGAAUAGAAUAGAAUUCAACUUUAUUGUCACUGCACAUGUCACAAGUACAAGUGCAACCCAGAGUAAAAUCUGUUUUACUAGAAUUUAGUAAUUUCCUGCACUUAUUUCCUGCUAAUGAACGCAUCACAAAUGCAUGACUCCAACCACAUAACUUUGCUCAGCCAAUAGGUUAAUUGGCUGCUGCCGGUCCAAACAAUUUGAUUUUGAUUUUUGAUUUGACCGAUAGUUGUUGAAUAACAAAUGUUGUGAAGCUAUAUAUUAUGUGUAUCCGAUUGUUCAGUCUGACGUCACUAGCCGUGUCUGGGUCUAAACUCCGCUGCAGGUCCAUAUA